UUUUUCCUCAAAGCUGUUUUCUGAUAUAUGUUGGGUACCAUAGAGUGAAUCUCAGAACAGGAAGCGAAGGCAUAAGCAGAGAGGAUUCUGGAAAGGUCUCUUUGUUUUCUUGUCCACAGAGAAAGAAAGAAAAAAAUUGUAAUUAAUNAAAAAAAAAGCUGAACAGCUGCAGAGGAAGACACGUUAUAUUCUAACCAUCUUGGAUGCUGGGCUUUGUUAUGCUGUAAUUCAUAAGGCUCUAUUUUACCAGAUCAUGGAGCAAGAAAGCUGAAACCAAGCCACAUCAAGUUUAUCAGGGAUGAGACAGUCUGUCAAGGAUUCAUAGCAUAGUGGCUUGCUGGGAAAGGAUCACAGAAUCUCUUCGAGGGAUAUUGUAAGAAUAAAUGAGGGGCCCAGAGCUUUUCUGAAAAAAAGGUGCUGUGACUAUCUAAGGCAAUUCAUAUGCAAGAAGCUACACGAAAUUAAUUGUGCAGGAUGAAAAGAUGGCACAGGCACUGUUGGUACCCCCGGGACCUGAAAGCUUCCGCCUUUUUACUAGAGAAUCUCUUGCUGCUAUCGAAAAACGAGCUGCAGAAGAGAAAGCUCAGAAGCCCAAAAAGGAACAAGAUAAUGAUGAUGAGAACAAACCAAAGCCAAAUAGUGACUUGGAAGCUGGAAAGAACCUUCCAUUUAUUUAUGGAGACAUUCCUCCAGAGAUGGUAUCAGAGCCCCUGGAGGACCUGGAUCCCUACUAUAUCAAUAAGAAAACUUUUAUAGUAAUGAAUAAAGGAAAGGCAAUUUUCCGAUUCAGUGCCACCUCUGCCUUGUAUAUUUUAACUCCACUAAACCCUGUUAGGAAAAUUGCUAUCAAGAUUUUGGUACAUUCUUUAUUCAGCAUGCUUAUCAUGUGCACUAUUUUGACCAACUGUGUAUUUAUGACCUUGAGUAACCCUCCUGACUGGACAAAGAAUGUAGAGUACACAUUCACUGGAAUCUAUACCUUUGAGUCACUUAUAAAAAUCUUGGCCAGAGGGUUUUGUUUAGAAGAUUUUACAUUUCUUCGUGAUCCAUGGAACUGGCUGGAUUUCAGUGUCAUUGUGAUGGCAUAUGUGACAGAGUUUGUGGACCUGGGCAAUGUCUCAGCGUUGAGAACAUUCAGAGUUCUCCGAGCACUGAAAACAAUUUCAGUCAUUCCAGGUUUAAAGACCAUUGUGGGGGCCCUGAUCCAGUCAGUGAAGAAGCUUUCUGAUGUCAUGAUCCUGACUGUGUUCUGUCUGAGCGUGUUUGCUCUCAUUGGGCUGCAGCUGUUCAUGGGCAACCUGAGGAAUAAAUGUUUGCAGUGGCCCCCAAGCGAUUCUGCUUUUGAAAUCAACACCACUUCCUACUUUAAUGGCACAAUGGAUUCAAAUGGGACAUUUGUUAAUAUAACAAUGAGCACAUUUAACUGGAAGGAUUACAUUGGAGAUGACAGUCACUUUUAUGUUUUGGAUGGGCAAAAGGACCCUUUACUCUGUGGAAAUGGCUCAGAUGCAGGCCAGUGUCCAGAAGGAUACAUCUGUGUGAAGGCUGGCCGAAACCCCAACUAUGGCUACACAAGCUUUGACACCUUUAGCUGGGCUUUCCUGUCUCUAUUUCGACUCAUGACUCAAGACUACUGGGAGAAUCUUUACCAGUUGACGUUACGUGCUGCUGGAAAAACGUACAUGAUAUUUUUUGUGCUGGUCAUUUUCUUGGGCUCGUUUUAUUUGGUGAAUUUAAUAUUGGCUGUGGUGGCCAUGGCCUAUGAGGAACAGAAUCAGGCCACUCUGGAAGAAGCAGAACAAAAAGAGGCCGAAUUUCAGCAGAUGCUCGAACAGCUUAAGAAGCAACAGGAAGAAGCUCAGGCAGUUGCAGCAGCAUCAGCUGCUUCAAGAGAUUUCAGUGGAAUAGGUGGGUUAGGAGAGUUGUUGGAAAGUUCUUCAGAAGCAUCAAAGUUAAGCUCCAAAAGUGCUAAAGAAUGGAGGAACCGAAGGAAGAAAAGAAGACAGAGGGAGCACCUUGAAGGAAACAACAAAGGAGAGGGAGACAGCUUUCCCAAAUCUGAAUCUGAAGACAGCGUGAAAAGAAGCAGCUUCCUUUUCUCCAUGGAUGGAAACAGACUGACCAGUGACAAAAAAUUCUGCUCCCCUCAUCAGUCUCUGUUGAGUAUCCGUGGCUCCCUGUUUUCCCCAAGACGCAAUAGCAAAACAAGCAUUUUCAGUUUCAGAGGUCGGGCAAAGGAUGUUGGAUCUGAAAAUGACUUUGCUGAUGAUGAGCACAGCACAUUUGAAGACAGCGAAAGCAGGAGAGACUCACUGUUUGUGCCACACAGACAUGGAGAGCGACGCAACAGUAACGUUAGUCAGGCCAGUAUGUCAUCCAGGAUGGUGCCAGGGCUUCCAGCAAAUGGGAAGAUGCACAGCACUGUGGAUUGCAAUGGUGUGGUUUCCUUGGUGGGUGGAACUUCAGCUCUAACAUCACCUACUGGACAACCUCUCCCAGAGGGCACCACCACUGAAACGGAAGUCAGAAAGAGAAGGUUAAGUUCUUACCAGAUUUCAAUGGAGAUGCUGGAGGAUUCCUCUGGAAGGCAAAGAGCCAUGAGCAUAGCCAGCAUUCUGACCAAUACAAUGGAAGAACUUGAAGAAUCUAGACAGAAAUGCCCACCAUGCUGGUAUAGAUUUGCCAAUAUGUUCUUGAUCUGGGACUGCUGUGAUGCAUGGUUAAAAGUAAAACAUCUUGUGAAUUUAAUAGUUAUGGAUCCAUUUGUUGAUCUUGCCAUCACUAUUUGCAUUGUCUUAAAUACCCUCUUUAUGGCCAUGGAACACUACCCCAUGACUGAGCAGUUCAGUAGUGUGUUGACUGUAGGAAACCUGGUCUUCACUGGAAUCUUCACAGCAGAAAUGGUUCUCAAGAUCAUUGCCAUGGAUCCUUAUUACUAUUUCCAAGAGGGCUGGAAUAUCUUUGAUGGAAUUAUUGUCAGCCUCAGUUUAAUGGAGCUUGGGCUGUCAAAUGUGGAAGGAUUGUCUGUACUGCGAUCAUUCAGACUGCUUAGAGUUUUCAAGUUGGCAAAAUCCUGGCCCACACUAAAUAUGCUAAUUAAGAUCAUUGGCAAUUCUGUGGGGGCUCUAGGAAACCUCACCUUGGUGUUGGCCAUCAUCGUCUUCAUUUUUGCUGUGGUCGGCAUGCAGCUCUUUGGUAAGAGCUACAAAGAAUGUGUCUGCAAGAUCAAUGAUGACUGUACACUCCCACGGUGGCACAUGAAUGACUUCUUCCACUCCUUCCUGAUUGUGUUUCGCGUGCUCUGUGGAGAGUGGAUAGAGACCAUGUGGGACUGCAUGGAGGUCGCUGGCCAAACCAUGUGCCUUAUUGUUUUCAUGUUGGUCAUGGUCAUUGGAAACCUUGUGGUUCUGAACCUCUUUCUGGCCUUAUUGUUGAGUUCAUUUAGCUCAGACAACCUUGCUGCUACUGAUGAUGACAAUGAAAUGAACAAUCUGCAGAUUGCAGUAGGAAGAAUGCAAAAGGGAAUUGAUUAUGUGAAAAAUAAGAUACGGGAGUGUUUCCGAAAAGCCUUUUUUAGAAAGCCAAAAGUCAUAGAGAUCCAUGAAGGCAAUAAGAUAGACAGCUGCAUGUCCAAUAAUACUGGAAUUGAAAUAAGCAAAGAGCUUAAUUAUCUUAGAGAUGGAAAUGGAACCACCAGUGGUGUAGGUACUGGAAGCAGUGUUGAAAAAUAUGUAAUUGAUGAAAAUGACUACAUGUCAUUCAUAAACAACCCCAGCCUCACUGUAACAGUACCAAUUGCUGUUGGAGAGUCUGACUUUGAAAAUUUGAAUACUGAAGAGUUCAGCAGUGAGUCAGAACUAGAAGAAAGCAAAGAGAAAUUAAACACAACCAGCUCAUCUGAAGGAAGCACAGUUGAUGUUGCUUUACCCCGAGAAGGUGAACAAGCUGAAAUUGAACCCGAGGAAGACCUUAAACCAGAAGCUUGUUUUACAGAAGGAUGUAUUAAAAAGUUUCCAUUCUGUCAAGUAAGUAUAGAAGAAGGCAAAGGAAAGAUCUGGUGGAAUCUUCGGAAAACCUGCUACAGCAUUGUUGAGCACAACUGGUUUGAGACUUUCAUUGUGUUCAUGAUUCUUCUAAGUAGUGGUGCUUUGGCCUUUGAAGAUAUAUACAUUGAACAGCGAAAGACUAUCAAAACCAUGCUAGAAUAUGCUGACAAGGUCUUUACCUAUAUAUUCAUUCUGGAAAUGCUUCUCAAAUGGGUCGCUUACGGAUUUCAAACAUAUUUCACUAAUGCCUGGUGCUGGCUAGAUUUCUUGAUCGUUGAUGUUUCUUUGGUUAGCCUCGUAGCCAAUGCUCUUGGCUACUCAGAACUCGGUGCCAUCAAAUCCUUACGGACAUUAAGAGCUUUAAGACCUCUAAGAGCGUUAUCCCGGUUUGAAGGCAUGAGGGUGGUUGUGAAUGCUCUUGUUGGAGCAAUUCCCUCUAUCAUGAACGUGCUGUUGGUGUGUCUCAUCUUCUGGCUGAUCUUUAGCAUCAUGGGUGUGAAUUUGUUUGCUGGCAAGUUUUACCACUGUGUUAACAUGACAACGGGUAACAUGUUUAACGUUAGUGAAGUCAACAAUUUCAGUGACUGUCAGGCUCUUGGCAAGCAAGCUCGUUGGAAAAACGUGAAAGUAAACUUUGAUAAUGUUGGCGCUGGUUAUCUCGCACUGCUUCAAGUGGCCACAUUUAAAGGCUGGAUGGAUAUUAUGUAUGCAGCUGUUGAUUCACGAGAUGUUAAACUUCAGCCUGUAUAUGAAGAAAAUCUGUACAUGUAUUUAUACUUUGUCAUCUUUAUCAUCUUUGGGUCAUUCUUCACCCUGAAUCUAUUCAUUGGUGUCAUCAUAGAUAACUUCAACCAGCAGAAAAAGAAGUUUGGAGGUCAGGACAUCUUUAUGACAGAGGAACAGAAAAAAUAUUACAAUGCAAUGAAGAAACUUGGAUCCAAGAAACCUCAGAAACCCAUACCUCGGCCAGCAAACAAAUUCCAGGGAAUGGUCUUUGAUUUUGUAACCAGACAAGUCUUUGAUAUCAGCAUCAUGAUCCUCAUCUGCCUCAACAUGGUCACCAUGAUGGUGGAAACCGAUGACCAGGGCAAAUAUAUGACCCUAGUUUUGUCCCGGAUCAACCUCGUGUUCAUUGUUCUGUUCACGGGAGAAUUUGUACUGAAGCUCGUCUCCCUCAGACACUACUACUUCACUAUAGGCUGGAACAUCUUUGAUUUUGUGGUUGUGAUUCUCUCUAUUGUGGGUAUGUUUCUGGCUGAGAUGAUAGAAAAGUACUUUGUGUCCCCUACCCUGUUCCGAGUGAUCCGUCUUGCCAGGAUUGGCCGAAUCCUGCGUCUGAUCAAAGGAGCAAAGGGGAUCCGCACACUGCUCUUUGCUUUGAUGAUGUCCCUUCCCGCGUUGUUUAACAUCGGCCUCCUGCUCUUCCUGGUCAUGUUCAUCUACGCCAUCUUUGGAAUGUCCAACUUUGCCUAUGUUAAGAGGGAAGUUGGAAUUGAUGACAUGUUCAACUUUGAGACCUUUGGCAACAGCAUGAUCUGCCUGUUCCAAAUUACAACCUCUGCUGGUUGGGAUGGAUUGCUAGCCCCUAUUCUUAAUAGUGGGCCUCCCGACUGUGACCCUGACACAGUUCACCCUGGAAGCUCUGUUAAGGGAGACUGUGGGAACCCAUCUGUUGGGAUUUUCUUUUUUGUCAGUUACAUCAUCAUAUCCUUCCUGGUUGUGGUGAACAUGUAUAUUGCGGUCAUCCUGGAGAACUUCAGUGUUGCUACUGAAGAAAGUGCAGAGCCCCUGAGUGAGGAUGACUUUGAGAUGUUCUAUGAGGUUUGGGAGAAGUUUGAUCCCGAUGCAACCCAGUUUAUAGAGUUCUCGAAACUCUCUGAUUUUGCAGCCGCCCUGGAUCCUCCUCUUCUCAUAGCAAAACCCAACAAAGUUCAGCUCAUUGCCAUGGAUCUGCCCAUGGUCAGUGGUGACCGGAUCCACUGCCUUGACAUCUUAUUUGCCUUUACAAAACGUGUUUUGGGUGAGAGUGGAGAGAUGGAUGCCCUUCGAAUACAGAUGGAAGACCGGUUUAUGGCAUCAAAUCCCUCCAAAGUCUCUUAUGAGCCUAUUACAACCACUUUGAAACGUAAACAAGAGGAGGUGUCUGCUGCUAUCAUUCAGCGUAAUUUCAGAUGUUAUCUUUUAAAGCAAAGGUUAAAAAAUAUAUCAAGUAACUACAACAAAGAGGCAAUUAAAGGGAGGAUUGACUUACCUAUAAAACAAGACAUGAUUAUUGACAAAUUAAAUGGGAACUCCACUCCAGAAAAAACAGAUGGGAGUUCCUCUACCACCUCUCCUCCUUCCUAUGAUAGUGUAACAAAACCAGACAAAGAAAAGUUUGAGAAAGACAAACCAGAAAAAGAAAGCAAAGGAAAAGAGGUCAGAGAAAAUCAAAAGUAAAAAGAAACAAAGAAUUAUCUUUGUGUUCAAUUGUUUACAGCCUGUGAAGGUAAAGUAUAUGUGUCAACUGGACUUCAGGAGGAGGUCCAUGCCAAACUGACUGUUUUAACAAAUACUCAUAGUCAGUGCCUAUACAAGACAGUGACCUCUCUGUCACUGUAACUCUGUGAGACAGGGUAUCAACAUUGACAAGAGGUUGCUGUUUUUAUUACCAGCUGACACUGCUGAGGAGAAACUCAAUGGCUACCUAGACUAUAGGGAUAGUUGUGAAAAGUGUCAUUGUAACGACAAUGUUUAGUACAGUCCUUGCAUCCAUUCUAUUUUUAACUUCCAUAUCUGCCAUAUUUUUACAAAGUUUGUUCUGGUGGUUUUCAUGGUCACUGAUUCAUAGUUUAUUCAUAAUACCAUGUCACUAUUUUUGUAAUGAGGUUUACGUUGAAGAAACAGUAUACAAGAACCCUGUGGUCCGAGUCUACAAGUCUCUCAAAUGAUCAGACAAAGGUGUUUUGCAGGAGAGAGAAAAUUUUUGCUCAAAACCAGAAAAAGAAUUGUAAUGGCUACAGUUUCAGUUACUUCCAUUUUGUAGAUGGCUUUAAUUUUGAAAGUAUUUUACUAUGUUAUGUUUGUUUCUAUCGGAACAGUUAUGUGCCUGUAAAGUCUCCUCUAAUAUUUAAAGGAUUAUUUUUAUGCAAAGUAUUCUGUUUCAGCAAGUGCAAAUUUUAUUCUAAGUUUCAGAGCGCUAUAUUUAAUUUUGAUCAAGUGCUUUCCAAAAAGGUAAUCUAAUAAAUCCAUUCUAGAAAAAAAUAUAUCUAAAGUGUUGCUUUAGAAUAGUUGUUUCACUUUCUGCUGCAGUAUUGCUUUGCCAUCUUCUGCUGUCAGCAAAGCAGACAGUUUAUGUCAAUUAAAUACCCUAUGUUAUGUAAAUAGUUAUUUUAUCCUGUGGUGCAUGUUUGGGCAAAUAUAUAUAUAUAUAGCCUGAUAAACAACUUCUAUUAAAUCAAAUAUGUACCACAGUGUAUGUGUCUUUUGCGAGCUUCCAACAGGGAUGUAUCCUGUACCAUUCAUUAAACAUAGUUUAAAGGCUAUCACUAAUGCAUGUUAAUAUUGCCUGUGCUGUUCUAUUUUACUCAGCCAUUCUUCACAAGUCCUGGUUAAAGAAUGUCACAUGUUGGUGAUAGAAUGAAUUCGACCAGCUAUCUGUCCAUUAAGUCAAGCAGAAUAAUUUGAAAUUAUUUACAAACACCUUUACUUUUGCACUUUGAAUUCAACAUGAGUAUCAUAUGAUAUCUCUCUAGAUUUCAAGGAAACACAUUGCAUACUGCCUAGUGACAAAACUUAUACUUCAUAUUUUGCUAAAAACAUGUCUAAAACUUGUUUAAAUAUAAAUAAUGUAAAAAUAUAAUCAAUUUUAUUUGUCAGCAUUUUGUACAUAAGAAAAUUAUUUUCAGGUCGAUGACAUGGCAAUUUGUUUUACUUUAUGCUUUUGCUUUUUAUUUUUAAUCGCAGUUCCAAAUUUUGAAUCCAUAACAUUUUUCAAUGGAUAAUUUCCUAAAAUAAAAGUUAGAUAAUGGGUUUUAUGGAUUUCUUUGUUAUAAUAUAUUUUCUACCAUUCCAAUAGGAGAUACAUUGGUCAAAAACUCAAACUUAGAUCAUUUUCUACCAACUAUGGUUGCCUCAAUAUAACCUUUUAUUCAUGGAAGUUUUUUUUAAUUCAGCUUUUGUAGUAUUUACGUAUGCAGACUAGUCUUAUUUUUUUAAUUCCUGCUGCACUAAAGCUAUUACAGAUAGAACAUGAACUUUGUUCUUUUUAGCCAUGAACAAAGUGGCAAAGUUGUGCAAUUACCUAACAUUAUAUAAAUUUUUGUUUUUUGCACAAACCAAAAGUUUAAUGUUAAUUCCUUUUACAAAACUAUUUACUGUAGUGUAUUGAUUAACUGCAUGCAGGGAAUUGCUAUUACUAAAAAGAAUGGUGAGCUACAUCAUUAUUGAGCCAAAAGAAUAAAUUUCAUUUUUUAUGCAUUUCACUUAUUGUCCUCUGGGGUUUUUUGUUUUUGUUUUUGUUUUUUGCUGUUGGUAGUUUAAAAUAUACGUAAUUAAUAAAACCUGUGCUUGAUCUGACAUUUGUAUACAUAAAAGUUUACAUGAGUUUUGCAACAAACUAGUAUAUGAUUCACCAAGCAGUACUACAGAAUAAAGGCAAAUUAAAAGCAGUUUUGUGAACUUUUAUGUGUGCAAAGGAUCAAGUCCACAUGUUCCAACUUUCAGGUUUGAAAAUAAUAGUAGUAACUACCUAUAAUAGCUGUCAAUUUCAAUUAACUCCCUUGGCUAUAAGCAUCUAAACUCAUCUUCUCAACAUAAUUGAUGCUAUCUCCUAAUUACUUGGUGGUUAAUAAAUGUUAACAUUCUUUGUUACUUAAAUGCAUUAUAUAAACUCCUAUGUAUACAUAAGGUAUUAAUGACAUAGCUAUUGAGAAUUUAUACUAACUUCUUUUCAGGAACUCUUGGAUUUAUGUGAGGUCAAAACCAAACUUUUAUUCUCAGUGGAAAACUCCAGUUGUAAUGCAUAUUUUUAAAGACAAUUGGGAUCUAAGUAUGUAUUUCAUAAUUCCCCCACAAUAAAUUAUAUAAGGUGGCUAA